AUGGCUAUUUCUCCAAUUCACUAUGCCUUUAUCAGUGCAUUUUUCAUUAUCCUGUUUACAAAGCCAUGUAUUGGUCCAUUCAUUUGUCCUUACCAGGAAUCCCAGGCUCUCCUUUCCUUCAAGGAAGCCUUGAAUGUUUCUGAUGGUACUCUCAGUUCAUGGGUUAAUGGAAGCGACUGUUGCUUCAGAUGGGAAGGUAUAUCCUGCAAUUAUUUCACCCGCCAUGUAGAGCUGGUUAAUUUGACUGAUUACACCAACCACACAGAACAGGGUUUGCAGAAAGGAGUCAUAUCGAGUAGUUUGUGCAACCUUCCUUUUGUCAAAUUACUCAUCUUGAAAAGCAUCGGAUUAACAGGUAAUAUCCCUUCCUGUUUGGGAAAUCUGUCUUAUCUUCAGCUUUUGGUGUUAAAAAACAAUAGUUUGACUGGGAUAUUUCCCCCUGCAAUUUGCUUGCUCACAAAUCUUAGCUAUCUAGAUGUAAGCAUUAAUCAACUCGGAGGAAUCCUGCCACCAUGUCUAGGAAAUCUUACCUUUCUGCGUAGACUCAGUGUCCAUUACAACAAAUUGACUGGGCAAAUCCCAAUUUCCUUGAACAAACUUUCCUUGCUCAAGUUCUUGAGUAUUUCCGGUAACAAGUUCAAUGACAGCCUUCAACUCACUGGGCUUUCCUCCCUCAAUUUACUCUUUGCUCGUGAUUUUUCAUUAGCUGAGAACAUUUCUUCUUCGCAGUUAGCAUUGCCAUCCUCUAUAAAGGUUCUGUGGCUUUCCCACAUUAUCAUUUCAGAUACUCUAUUUCAAAACCUUGCAGAGUUAAAAUUUUUUGUGAACAGAUGGCUGAAACUUAACACUUUGAAGGAAUACAUUAAUGCAGCUUAA